AUGGCGAAGAUCCAGCCAGGACUGGAACGCAUUGCCGCCCUCCUCAAGAACGUCCAGUUCCCAUGGCGUGCCAUUCAUGUCGCAGGCACCAAUGGCAAAGGCUCCAUCUGCCAUCAUGCUUCCUCGUUGCUUGUGGGGAGAGGCGUCGAGGUUGGCAUGUUCACGUCUCCGCACCUGGUAGAUAGGUGGGAUGGCAUCUCCAUCAACGGGAAGCCCAUCGCCCAAGAAAAGUUCCGCACGGUCGAGAGCCACUUUCUCAAGUUGAACGCAAGCCACCAGAUGGGCGCUUCGCCGUUUGAGAUAUUGACCGCCACAGCCUUUACACUCUUCAACGAUGCGAACGUCCAAGUCGGCGUCGUUGAAGUGGGCAUGGGCGGCACGCUCGACUCCACCAACAUGCUCAACAACCAAGCUGUGUCCGUCAUCUCGAAGAUUGCUCGCGAUCACGAGGGGUUUCUUGGCAGUACCCUUUCUGAAAUCGCUGGCCACAAAGCGGGCAUCCUCAGGCCCAAAGUCCCCUAUCUCAUCAGCUCUGCAAACGAAGCAAACGUUAUCAACGCCAUCAAUGACCAUGCAAAAGAGAUGGGGGCAGGGCCUCAGCUGUCCACUCGCAGCUUCGACCUGCAAGACGGGCUGUAUGAGUCGGCGGAAUGGGGCCGCAUCACCAGAAGCGCGCCAUCGUUCCAGCAAGAGAAUAUCAAGAUGGCUGUCGUUGCGGCCAUGCAGACGUUGGAGAGUAUGGGCCAGCCCAUGCGGCCCGUAGACAUCAGCAAGACGCUGUUGGCCAAAGUGAAGGAACGCCAUCAUGGGCGGCAAGAAAUGGUUCAGGUCCCUCCCGUUUUCAGACACGCAGCCGAGAGGAAAAACCAAGUGCUGGUAGACGGGGCUCACAACCCCGAUGCUGCGGUAGCACUGGACGAGUUCGUCCGCGAAAACCUCAGAUUCGGCCAGACACCUGCUGAAACUCGGCCAGCCUCUGGAUGGCCGGUUACAUGGGUGCUGGCGAUGACCCAAGGCAAAGAGGCUCGCGACUACCUCGCCAAAUUGCUCAAACCGGGGGACCGCGUGAUUACGACCGCUUUCGGCCCGGUCGACGGCAUGCCCUGGGUCAAGCCGAUGGAUGCAAAGGAGUUGCUCGAGGUCGCCAAGGCUGUUGAGCCCCAGAUCACUGGUAUACACGUGCCUGUUCUUGGCGCACUGCGAGCUCUCAGUGCAGCAAAGUACAUGAUGGACCCAUCGGCCGACUGGACGCCUAUAGUUCUGACCGGCAGUCUCUAUCUCGUGGGCGACUUUCAUCGCGAACUGCGACCACGGUCUUCCAAGACUUGGUGGACAGACACUGACGACGCCGCCGCAGCCGACAGAGAGUGGAUCCUGAACGUGGAAGUCGAGGAACGUGAGCGUGUCAAGGCUGCUCUCUUCUCUAGAUAA